ACUCAAACUUUUUUUUUUUUCACAUUCAUAUCUAAUUGAGAUGAUCAAUUAAAGGAUUUUUCAGCAUUAAAACAAACUUGUUCGAUCUAUUUUAGAAGUGUAACUUUAAUUCUAGAUUUUAAAGUUGCAACCUUAUAUUAACUUUUUCCUUCUUUUAUAACCCGAAGAUCAUUGCAAUUGCAUGCAAUCUUUAUUUCUUUAUUUUACAUCCUAACGACUUCUUCCGGUUCCAGGUAAUUGAAUAUGUUGUAUCCAAACCCUAAACUUCUUGAAGGAAAAAAAGCCCACCCGCUCCCCACCCGCUCAACACCCGCUCUCUAUAUCAGAGAGCUCAACCGGGGCUGAAAAGCAUCACGAAGAAGAUAAUCCGCAAAAAUCACUUUCCCAUUUCCAAACAGGUGAAAUUACUACCACCAGAGUUUAUCAAACAGGUUGGCAGCUUUCACCCUACCAAAUCUUCACUUGCAGCAGGAGUGAUUCACAACACACUGCGGUGAAAGUUAUCAAACCAAAUCCGAAAAUCUAUGAAAGUUGCAGCAGGAGUGAUUUCCAAUGACACUGCGGUGAAAGUUAUCAAACACUACCUAAAUCCCAGAAUCUAUGAAAGUUGCAGCAGGAGUGAUUCCCAAUGAUACUGCAGUGAAAGUUAUCAACACUACCCAAGUACAAACUGAUUGGAAAUAGAGGCUUGAAGAAACCCUGCUUUCACCCUACCAAAUCUUGAAAGUUAUCGAACACUACCUAAGUAUAAACUGAGUGGAAAAUAGAAAACACUAUCUAAGUACAAACUGAGUGGAAAAUAGAGGUUUGAAGAAACCCGCCAUGGCCGCAAGCUCUGCAAACAAAGGCCUAACCACUCAGCGUUUCUCAGAGCUGGAGCCCUCUCUCUCAAAGAAAACCCUAGACGUGCUCGACACCUGUGGCUUCCAUUUCUGCACUCCCGUUCAGAGGGCCACAAUCCCUCUGCUCUGUUCAUACAAGGACGUUGCUGUCGAUGCGGCCACUGGUUCUGGAAAAACCCUAGCUUUCAUUGUACCUGUCAUCGAGAUUCUUCGGAGGAUCUCUGAGCCUCCUAAGCCCCACCAGGUUUUGGGGAUAAUUAUUUCUCCGACGAGAGAGUUGUCAACGCAAAUUUAUCAUGUUGCAGAGCCUUUCAGUUCAACGCUUCCAAAUUUUAAGGCUGCACUUCUUGUUGGGGGUUCAAACAUAAAAUUGGAUGUCGAAAAAAUAGAAGACGAGGGAGCAAAUUUAUUGAUAGGUACACCUGGGAGGCUUUUUGACAUCAUGGAGCGUUUGGAUGUCCUUGAUUUUCGGAACCUAGAGAUAUUGAUUCUUGAUGAGGCGGAUAGGCUUUUGGAUAUGGGGUUUCAGAAGCAAAUAACGUCCAUCAUGUCUCGCUUGCCAAAGUUGAGAAGAACAGGCCUUUUCUCUGCAACUCAAACUGAGGCUGUUGAAGAACUCUCCAGAGCGGGUUUGAGAAAUCCUGUGAGCAUUAAUGUUCGGGCAGAGGUUAAGGCACAUGGUGAGUUGGCUCCUUCAGCAAAUGCAUCAUUUUCCAAGACACCUUUUGGACUUCAUAUUGAGUAUUUGGAAUGUGAAGCAGAUGAAAAGCCCUCGCAGCUUGUGCACUUCUUGUCCGAGAAUUCCUUCAAAAAAAUUAUUAUAUAUUUCAUGACAUGUGCUUGUGUUGAUUAUUGGGGGGCGGUGCUACCUCAGCUUGGGACUCUUAAAGGAUGCACUUUGAUUCCUCUUCAUGGGAGGAUGAAGCAGAUUGUGAGGGAGAAAGCAUUGGCCUCUUUUACAGCACUUUCAAAUGGUAUUCUUCUAUGCACAGAUGUUGCAGCGCGAGGACUUGAUAUUCCGGGUGUUGAUUGGAUUGUUCAGUAUGAUCCUCCUCAAGAUCCAAAUGUUUUCAUACACAGAGUGGGACGAACUGCAAGGAUGGGUAGAACUGGCAAUGCCAUUGUUUUCCUUUUACCAAAGGAGGAUGCUUAUGUGGAGUUCCUCCAGAUAAGAAGGGUUCCACUUCAAGAAAGGAAAAAUUCAAAUUUCCCCCUGGAUAUAAUCCCUGAGAUACGUGCUGCUGCAAAAAAGGACCGUGAUGCCAUGGAAAAGGGACUGAGAGCAUUUGUAUCAUAUGUUCGGGCUUACAAAGAGCAUAUUUGCUCUUAUAUUUUCAGAUGGAAGGAGCUGGAUAUUGGUAAGUUAGGCAUGGGUUAUGGCCUACUUCAGCUCCCUUCGAUGCCAGAGCUGAAGCGUUAUUCCCUGUCAACCAACAACUUCACACCUGUAAAUGAUAUUGAUUUAUCAGAGAUCAAGUAUAAAGAUAAAGCUCGUGAGAAACAGAGAAAAAAGAAUUUGUCAAGGAAACUGGAGAUUGCUUCUGAACCGAGGCCCAAACCCAUAAAGCCAACUAGUGAUACCAAAGGAGAGAUGAAGAAGAAGACACAAAGGCAGAGGCAUGCUGUUCAAACGGUCGAAGAUGAAGAAGAGAUGGAGAGAGAGUAUCGCCUUUUGAAGAAGUUGAAGAAGGGUGCUAUUACUGAGAGUGAGUUUGCAAAGCUAACUGGCAUGGAUGAUUGCUUGGAAGGAGAGGGUUUGCUGGAAUCCGGCAUUGUGAGCCCCGAAGCCAAAACCAAGAAUAGCAAGCAGAGAAAUCUAGUGGGAAAACCAGGGAAAUCAAAGAGUCGAAAAGGGAAAUCUGGCAGUAAAAAAAGUAACUCAUUUUUGAGGCAGUGUUCCAGAGUUUAAUCUGAAAAAGGCGGAGAGAUUUUUCAGGAGUUUAAAUAAAAAAAAGCAUGAGUGAUGAGCCUUUUUCAUCUAUUCUUUUAUUUUAUUUUUUUAUCAUUUUAUUGUCAGGGGAUAUGAAGGUGGGAUUUAGAGUAAGUGAUGGUUUCCGUAAAUUAUGAGCGUUGUUGGUCCUUUCCUCUCAAAUUGAAAUUUUGCGGUCUGCCCUUUAUAGCAAUCUUCUGUAUAUUAGAUUAUGGCUUUGCUCCCUUUGAUUUAGAUAACCCCUAAUUUUUGGGAGUUAGUAGCAUUUUAAGUCUACUGUUACUCGUGGAUUUGAUAACUCUCGUUAGUUAUUCUUUUCCCUUUAGAUGCAUGAUGAAAUGAUACUUGUAUUUAUUUUUAAUUUUGUUUGUAAGGAUACGUGAUUUUUUUGUUGAUUUGA